UUUAGUGUUUAGGUGUAUUUAGAGGCUGAAAUUGCAAUGCAAAAAGUUUUGCACGCAAUUGGUCCAUUAAAUUAAACGGUGAAUCGGUGCUGGAACUGUGUUUAAGCAAAUUCAACAAGUACGCACCAAAUACAUUGGCGAAAACGUGAAAAUCGUUCACUGACUAACAGAGAGCGAGAGUGAUUGUGUGUGAGAUAGAGGCCGAAGCCCGCAAGGCAGCGCCGUUGUUCAUUGUCAGCUAAAAAAAGAGAAAAAAAAAUAGAAAUUUCGUUUGUUGCGUGCCAAUUGCAAAGGAAUUAUUAAUACAAAGCGCCCCAUUGCAACUGCAACUGCAAACACAAUAGAAGAAGAGUACACCACAGCAUUGGGCGAGAACGCAGUGAAAAGUGUGUGAAUGCUACAGAAGUCAAUUAACGAGCGCAGGGGAAGAAGAAGAGCCAACUACAAAGUGCAAGUGCUGGUCAAGUACAUACACACACAGGCACACACAAACACACGUUCCAACGCCCUUUUUCCAGCGAUCCCAUUAGUUUGGCAACAUUCACGACAAGAAAGCUGCAUUCCAUGAAUUGAAGUGCCCAACGCAGAAUGUCAGCAUACAAUACAAAUUUUGUGCCACCCACGCCAAAUGGCAGUUCUGGCGGCUUGGUUAAUGGUCAGCCGCAGCAGCAGCAGCAACAAGAACAGCAGCAGCAGCAACUACAGCUGCAGCAGCAGCAGCAACUCCAGCUGCAGCAGCAGCAGCAGAUUUACCUGCACCAGCAGCAACAGCAGCAAAAGCAGCAGCAAAAGCCCGUUGCACCGCAGAAACCAGCUCAUCAUUUCCCUCAACGGCCAACGCAGUAUCCCAUGAAUGCCACGCCCACUGGCUCUGCACUGUUGCCGCCUCAAUUUAAUAACAAUGCGAUGAACAAAUUUCUGCCGCCACCCAUGAGCAAUGGUCCAGCGCCGACGGCACCGCUCAGUAAUCUGCCCGCGCAUCUGCGACCGCCCACGCUGAACGGACCCACAACAGCCGCCGCACCAGUUGCUCCUAUUACCAAUGGCAGCAAUGGCGCACUGAGCGCCAACUCGUCACGCACGGCAUCGCCUGGUCUGAUCAAUAGCAAUGCCACCUUGGUCUCGACAGAAGCGGCUGCACCACCAAAAGUAACGCCAUCCAAGCAGCAGUUUGUGGCGGGUCCGUUGGGCAGCUCAUUGCAGUCUCUGCAGCAGCAGCAGUCGAAGGGCGUGUCAAGCACUCCGAUGCCGUCGGCUCAGCAGUCAUUCACUGGUCAACUGGGACCCACGUUGGGCGCCUCAAUGCCGCCAUCUGCCGGUAACUUGGGCCCCACAUUGCCGCCACAGCAACUAACGAUCAGCCAGUCGGGUCCCACGUUGCCGCCACCGGCCAGUCAGUCGGGCAACGCUUUGAACGCCUCAAUGCCGCCGUCCUCCGGCAACUUGGGUCCCACAUUGGGCGCCUCAAUGCCACCGUCUGCCGGCAACUUGGGCCCCACAUUGGGCGCCUCAAGGCCGUCGCAACAACUAAUGAUGAGUCAGUCGGGUCCUACACAACAGCCACCGGCCAGUCAGUCGGGCGCCUCAUUGCCAUCCCAGCAGGCGCCACAACAGGCGCAACCACCCGUUAGCCAGGUUUCCAGUAUGGCCAGCCAGCUGCAGAAAAUGAAUUUGAAUCCCAGCAAUGGACCCAGUCCGGCAGCAUCUUUUGCGCGUAAGGAUUACCGUGCCGUGGCAACGGGCCUGGCUGGACCCACAGAGAAAUUGGACACCAGCGGCGCCAAUACAUUGCUGGCAUCGAGUGGACUGGCGCCCAACCUGCCCAAUCCCAUGGCUGUGCCCUUUAGUGCCGCUGUGCCCCGCAAUGCGAGUCCAGCGAACGUGUUUGGUGGCGUCACGGCAGUACCAAGGCCAAUGCCGCCCACGGGACAGAAACUGGCAUACGGCAUACCAGCUCCGGCAACGGCAACGGCUCCGGCGCCGGGAGCUCCAGCGCCUGUGCACCCAGCACCAGCUGUCGCGGAACAGAACAACAAUGCGCCAAGUGCAGCAGCACCGCCAACAGCGCAGCGGCCACCGAUGUGGCAGCCGCUGGUUAGUGCUAUGCCCGCCAUGCCCACUGCACUGCAAAAGCCCCAGGCUUUUAUGCCGCCGCCGCUGCCGUCAAGUCAGCGUAUGCUAUCACAAGUGCAGCUGCCGCCCUUUGGACCGCCAUCAACCAUGGAGCAGCAUCUUAAACAGCAGCAGCAGCAGCAACAGCAGCAAAAUCAACAGCUGCAGCAUCUGCAACAGCAGCAACUGCAGCAGCAGCAACUGCAGCAGCAUCCUCCACAACAGCAGCAUCAGCCACAGCAGCAUCUGCAACAGCUACAGAAGGCACAGCAGCAUCCGCCACAGCAGCAGCAUCUGCCACAGCUCCCCCAGCAACAGCUCCCCCAGCAGCAGCUCCCCCAGCAGCAACAGCCACAGCAGCAACUGCAACAGCAGCAUCUGCAACAGCAGCAACAGCUCCCUCAGCAGCAGCAGCAAUAUCCGUAUAAGCAAGCCUUUCCACAGGCGAUGCCACCGCUGCCACAGCAGCAGCAGCAGUUAACUGCACCCGGAAUGUUUGGAGUGCAGCCGGGCGGUGCGCCGUUGCAGUAUCAGGCGCAGGGUGUGGCACAGCAGCCGCUGAGUGUGACGCAGCAGGGUUUCAGUCGACUGUGGGGCCAGGAUACCGUUGAUCUGAUGCAGAACAGGCAUAUCCUGUCGCCGGCAACGAUUGCGCCACCGAAGGUCGUGCUGCACAAUCAAUUUCACGAGUCCAUCAACUGCAAUCCGAGCAUUAUGCGCUGCACCCUGGCCAAAAUCCCGGAGAGCAAUUCGCUGCUGCAAAAGUCGCGUCUGCCGCUCGGCAUAGUCAUUCAUCCGUUUCGCGAUGUCAACAGCCUGCCCGUGAUACAGUGCGUCAAUAUUGUGCGCUGCCGCCUGUGCCGCACCUAUAUUAAUCCAUUUGUCUACUUUGUGGACAGCAAAAUGUGGAAAUGCAAUCUCUGCUAUCGCGUCAAUGAGUUGCCCGAGGACUUCCAGUUUGAUCCGGCUACAAAGACCUAUGGCGAUGUGACACGGCGACCCGAGGUGCGCUCCAGCACCAUCGAGUUCAUAGCGCCGUCGGAGUACAUGCUGCGUCCACCACAGCCGGCCAUGUAUCUAUUCCUGUUCGAUGUGUCAAUAAUAGCGCAACAGAGCGGCUAUUUGGAGGCAGCCUGUUCGGUGCUCAGUCGCCAUUUGGACGAGAUGCCGGGUGAUGCGCGCACCCAAGUGGGUUUCAUAUGCUACGAUAGCUUUGUGCACUUCUACAGCAUGGCCGAGGGCCUAAAUCAGCCGCACGAGAUGACGCUCUUGGAUAUUGACGAUCCCUUCUUGCCGCGCCCAGACAGUUUGUUGGUUAAUCUCAAGGAGUGCAAGGAACUGGUAAGGGAUCUGCUCAAGCAGUUGCCCAAACGCUUUUCCCACACCCAUGAUCCUGGCUCGGCGCUGGGUGCAGCCCUGCAGGUUGCCUUUAAGCUGAUGCAAGCAUCUGGCGGACGUAUAACCGUAUUUCAAUCGUGCCUUCCCAACAAGGGACCUGGGGCGCUGGAAGCGCGCGAAGAUCCCAACAAUCGCUCGGCUAAAGAUGUGGCCCAUCUGAAUCCAGCGACGGAUUUCUAUAAGCGUUUCGCUCUCGAGUGCUCCGGCUAUCAGAUUGCAGUCGAUCUGUUUCUGAUGAAUCAACAGUAUAGCGAUAUGGCCACCAUAUCCGGCGUUAGCAAACAUAGCGGUGGUUGUGUGCACCACUUUCCGCUUUACCAGAAGACCAAACAGCAUAUGGUGGACUCGUUUAAGCAGUGCUUCAAGCGCUAUCUCACUCGCAAGAUUGGCUUUGAGGCGGUGAUGCGUAUUCGCUGCACACGGGGCCUGCAGGUGCACACAUUCCAUGGCAACUUCUUUGUGCGCAGCACGGAUCUGUUGUCGCUGCCAAAUGUCAAUCCGGAUGCCGGCUAUGGCAUGCAGAUAUCGUACGAGGAGAGCCUCACCGAUGUGAAGACCAUUUGCUUCCAAGCGGCGCUGCUCUAUACGAACAGCGAGGGCGAACGACGCAUACGUGUCCAUACUGUGUGUCUGCCGGUGACCUCGUCCCUGCCCGAGGUAAUGCAUGCCGCCGACACGGAAGCCAUUGUGGGUCUACUCUCCAAAAUGGCAGUGGAUCGUUCGACUGCAUCGAAUCUAUCGGAUGCACGAGACGCCUUCAUCAAUGCGACCAUCGACGUGUUCAAUGCAUUUAAGAUUGCACAGAAUCUGCCCUCCGGCCAGAGUGGCCAACUGAUAGCACCACGCAGCUUGGCCCUGCUGCCCCUCUACAUUUUGGCGCUACUCAAGCAUCCCGCUUUUCGCGUGGGCACCAGCACGCGCCUGGAUGAUCGCGUCUUUGCCAUGGACAACAUGAAAACGAUGCCACUGGAUCAGCUCAUGAAGUACAUCUAUCCCGAGCUGUACAAAAUCGAUGCACUCGUCUACCAUGUGCGCAACACCAAUUUGACCACAACGCAGGACGACGACGAGGAUGAUGACGAACUGCUGCCGGAAAUGCAACGCCUGCAACUAUCCGCGGAGCAUCUGGACUCGCGUUCAAUAUUUGUGAUGGACUGCGGCACGCUGAUAAUGCUCUAUGUCGGCCUUAAUGUGCCCACCGAUGUGCUGCAAGCUUUGCUGGGCAUUAGCUCGACCUCUGAACUGGCCGAUUAUGUAUACGGUUUGCCCAACGUGGUCAGCCCCGAGAACGAUGCGCUGAAGCGUUUUAUAUUGCGUCUGAACUACGACAAGCCCUACGCGCCCCUAGUGCAAAUUAUCAGGGACACAAGCACUGCGAAGGCGCAGUUUAUUGAGAGAUUAACGGACGAUCGCAGUGAAUCUAGUUUGUCAUAUUAUGAAUUUUUGCAACACAUUCGGGCUCAGGUUAAAUAGUACAUAAGUCGAAAAUCCUACUACUAUUGUAUGCAACAUAAAUACGAGUUUCUUCGAACUUAAAAAAAAAAGAAAUGAAAAACUAAACAAAAAAAGUAAAUUAAACAAAAACUCUGGUGACUAAAAGGUAGACAGACAA